UUUUUACCUUUUGAUAAACAUUCAAAUGCAACAUUUUUCUAAGGGUGUGUCAUUCACAUGAGUUAAGAGAAUAGUUAAUUUAGUGUUUAACUAAAUUGGUUUUGCAACAAUCGUAACAAUUAAAUGUUUAAUCAUUUAUCCAUUGAUACCUUUUGGUUCACCUAAAUCUUAAUCUUUAUUUACUUUCAUAUCUUUACCUGUAUAUUUGUUGCCCUUAAGGAAUAGAGAUUAAGAUUUGUCUUGAUAUUCACUCAAAUGGUUUACCUGUUGUACUAACAAGUGACAAUGUUACAUAAUUGAAGAUAAUUGUUGGUUUAUCUUCAUCUUCAUUCAUUCAUUUUUUUCUGUGCUUCACCUUUGGUUUAAUCUCAUUGAUUUGAUUUUCUUCACUUUUCUAUCUUUAUAUUUUGAGAUUUUCUUUUCUUUUUUGCCGAAUUUUGGAUUGGAUUGCAAUUUUCUUUUUCUUCAUCUUCUUUUAAUGACAAUCUGACAAUGGCUUCAACUCUAAGUGGAGCCAGCACCGAGAAACACAGUUCCCGUUCAAAAUUUUACAUCACACGGAAAUACGAGGCAACCAGUUUACUUUGUCUAAUUGCUUGGAUUUUCUUGAUUGUCUCAUUUGCUGCACCUUAUUGGUUAUCAUCUUUCACUAAAGCCUACGCUUCAUUUGUUCGCCUUGGACUUUGGGAUGUUUGUUUCAAUAAUUAUCGACAUCCACCAUAUCAAUAUGAUGAAAAAUUUGACGGCUGUAAUUGGAUUUAUAGUGCUAAAUAUCAAAAUAUCAGAGAAUGGCUUCAACCAGGUUGGUUUAUUAUGGUUCAAGCCAUGUUAACAUUAGCAUUGAUAUUCACAACUCUCGCUUUGAUACUUAUCAGUGCCAGUUUAAUGUACUAUCUAGUACGUUACCAUAUAGUUGUAACUGCGGUUGCCGCUGGACUUGAAGCAAUCUCAGCUAUUUGCAUGUUAAUUGGAAUCUCAAUAUUUGCAUCAUAUGCAUUUGAAAGAUCGUGGUUGCAAUAUCCAAACUUUAAUCACCUUGAUUGGGCCUACUUUUUAGCCGUUAUCACUAUGAUUUUAUUAUUCAUUGCCAGUGGAUUAUUAAUUAAAGAAUCGUGGAGGGAAUAUCAAAGGAAACGAAAAAUGACCAAUUUAGUUUAUAGCAUGAGACCAAGAAACGGAGGUUCCAUCGAGGCCCGUCCAAUGAUGCCGAUAGAAGAGCUUUCAGUUGAUCGACCAAGUGCUUAUCAACCUCAUUUUACUCAAGUUUAAAUUAAAUCAAUUUAAUCUUUCCAGUGAUAAUCACCAUUGCCUUUGUAAAUAGCUCAGCGUCAAGCGGAAUUUGGUCAAAAAUAGUUUAUAUAAUUAACGCUACGUCUUUUUUUUUGGGGCCAAAGAGUCAAAAAAAUUUUCAACACCAAAACCUCACCCACAAUAGAUCUGAUUAUCUAAUUACCACAAUUAAGUGUUGAUUAUAAGUCACCAAACACCCACAUAAACACACAAUCACACUUAAUACAAUUAUUCAUGGCAUUUAUUCAUCUUUAACAAUUUAUCAACAAUCAACUCUCUUGAUACAAAAACAUAUCGAUAAUUUUGUUCCCACUUGAUUAACCUUGUGUGAGGAUCAAAAUUAAUCUCAGAUAGUUAAUUACCACAUGUAUUAUUAAUCACUCACAUCUUUUGUUGUCAACAAAUCACAUUGUGAGCACUUAAACAAUCAACUAAUUGGUAAAAUUGAUUGUGAUUCUGUCCUUUUUUUUACAUUAAUCAAACUUUUUGCAAAAAGAAAAAUUCGCAAAACAAUAAAUCAUCAACUUGUAAUUGAUUAA